GCCACCAAAGAAUUCACACAGGGGAAAAGUCGUAUUGCUGUUCUGAAUGUGGCAAAAUGUUUCCACAGAAAAAAUGUCUUCAGAGCCACCAAAGAAUUCACACAGGGGUGAAUUUGUAUUGCUGUUCUGAAUGUGGCAAACAGUUUUUACAGAGAGGCCAUCUUCAGAGCCACCAAAGAGUUCACACAGGAGAGAAGCCAUAUUGCUGUUCUGAAUGUGGUAAAAAAUUUUCACAGAGAAGCAGUCUUAAGAAACAUCAAAGAAUUCACUCAGGAGAGAAGCUCUAUUGCUGCUUUGAAUGUGGUAAACAAUUCUCUCGCAGUAGUUAUCUUAAGAAACACAUUAUAACUCACACAGGGGAGAAGCCAUAUUGCUGUUCUGAAUGUGGAAAAAAGUUUUCACAGAGCGGCCAUCUUCAGAGCCACCAGAGAAUUCACACAGGAGAGAAGCCAUAUUGCUGUUCUGAAUGUGGGAAAAAGUUUUCACAGAAGCGCUAUCUUCAGAGCCACCAAAGAAUUCACACAGGGGAGAAGCCAUUUUGCUGUUCUGAAUGUGGGAAAAAGUUUUCAACGAGAGGCUAUCUUGAGAGCCAUCAUAGAAUUCACUCAGGAGAGAAACCCUAUUGCUGCUUUGAAUGUGGUAAACAAUUCUCUCUCAGUAAUUAUCUUCAGAGACAUAUUAGAACUCACACAGGGGAGAAGCCGUAUUGCUGUUCUGAAUGUGGUAAAAAGUUUUCAGAAAGAAGCAGUCUUCAGAGCCACCAAAGAAUUCACACAGGGGAGAAGCCAUUUUGCUGUUCCGAAUGUGGGGAAGAAUUCUCGCGCCAUAGUAAUUUCCUAAAACACAUUAAAAUUCACUAACGAGCAAAGCCAUAUUGCUGUUUGAAUGUGGUAAACGAUUCUCUCUCAGUAGUUAUGUUCAGAGACACAUUAGAACUCACACAUGAUAGAAGCUGUAUUUCUUUUUUGAAUGUUGCAAAAAGUUUUCAUAAAGAAGCUGGCUUCAGCGAUAUCAAAGAAUUCAUUUGAGAGAAAACAUUUACAGAAACUCCCCCACAUUGUCCACAGCUGAACACAGUACAUUAUGCUAAGCAGCAUUAAAAGAGUAGAAAAAGUUUGACUAGAACAAAAAAAGAAAAAAAUGGGGAAACUACAAGUAAAGUGGUAAUUACAUUGCCCUCCUCCAACAGCCUCCUGUGAACACAGAACUUACCCUUGCAUGGCUUAUGAGGGGCGAACUAAAACAAAAAGGUGAACACCUAAACAUAGAAGCACAAUAAUUGUUGCUUCUACCAAAGAGAACUGUAAACAGUCAAACAUCUCAUUGCCAAGUGUGAGGUACUGAUUGCUGUAGGAUUAUACACUGCACAACACAACAACAUGGCCAAGCUCAUUCGCUGGAAACUCUGCAAGAAGUACAACUUACCAGCACCAGACAGUCACUGGCACCACAAAUCUGCCCGCACAAUGGAAAAUGAGGAGGUGCAGGUCACUUGUAGCACAGCAAUACUGACUGACUGAAAAACAGAGGCCAGAAAACCAGAUGUAAUUAUCAAAGAAAACCAGUCUAACAAAGCCUGAAUAAUAUAGGUAUUAAUUCCUAGUGGUUACUCAGUCCCAAGAAUGGAGAUGCUAAAAAGUAACAAAAUACCAUCUGAGAUAUGCCAAAUGAAAUAUGGGACACACAAAAAAAAAAUUGUUCAUGUUGUUCUAGGAUCAACAUGACUGAUGAAGAAAAACUUUUAGGCCCAUCUUAACAAAUCACAAUACCUCCAUAUGACCUGCAAAAAGAAUCCUUAAUAGGAACAAUGCAGGUUCUACACAAAGUCCUUGUGGGAAACUUGAGAGUGAGAAAUUAAGUAUUAUAAUGAGACUGUCCUGAUUAAAGAGUGAAGUUCACUCCUGUUUUGAUAGUAAGCACACCAAGAAAAUUUGGAAAAAUUAAACCUGAGAGAAGCUGAAUUGCUGUUCUGAAUGUGGUAAACAAUUUUGACACAGAAAUACUCUUUUGAUCCACACUAAAAUUCACAAAGGAGAGAAGCCAUAUGCGUUUUCUGAAUGUGGCAAACAGUUUUCAUGAAGGAACAACCUUUUGGAUACAACAGCAGCAUUUAUUUGUAUUGCACAUUUUCAUACAAACAGUGUUGCUUAAUCUGCUUUACAAGAUGAAAUAAAAAGGAAUAUCUUAUAUAUAA